GUCUCGUAAUCGACUCGGAGAGGGAGAAAGUUUACCUGGGUGUGCCGCCCCUCCUGGGAGCUCUGGUGGGCGUGGGGGUGGUCCUUCUGGUCCUGCUGAUCGUGGGCGUGGUCAUUGUGAGGUACGCCCGUCACAGGCCGCCCCCCACGCACGUACACACGCUGGUCAUGACGCCCACGUGCCGCGACGGGGGGGCUGAGAGCUACGACCCGGAUGUGGUGUCCUCGCUGAAGCGGCCUACGGACAACCUGGACGUGCUGCCGCGGACGGCGCACGCGCAGGGCGAGGCCGCCGCCGGGCGCGCCCACGGCCAGGCGGUCACCCGGACGCGCGCCAACGGCCAGACGGUGACGCAGGCGUACGUGCACCGGCAGGGCGCCAAGCGGGGGACCCUCGCGCGGGGCCUGUGCGUGCGGCGGCAGGUACGGUGCUCGGCCGCUCGAAGCCGCUGUCGCUCUUGUGGUGUACGAUAG